GAAAUCACGCAGGCCGCGUCACCGACUUCUUGUUCUCGUCGUGAGAACUGCACCCGGUCUUGUCCUGUGAUGGGAUGCCGACGGGGCACGUACAAUGGCAUCGCAGGACUCCGCGACACAGCUUUCGCAGAGUACCUUUCUGGGCAUCACCUGGCUGCUCUUUUCAUUAUGCGCCGUCGCCCUCGCCGCGCGCAUCUACAUCCGAUGGACCUGUUUCCGAAAAUUGCUCGCCGAGGAUUGGCUCAUGAUAGCCACCUUAUGCCUAAUCAUCAGCAUCCAGAGCCAAGCGCAGGGCUUUUCCUACGACAUCUACCGCCUCAUGGGCUGGGUCAAUGACCCUAGUACGAUUGCCUUCAAGGACCAGCUCGACUUCCUCGGGGACACUGAGUCGAUGCUCAAGGGCUGCGGAUCCAGCAUCAUCCUCUUCAUCUUCGGAUUCUACUGUAUCAAGGUCAACUUCCUCUUGUUCUUUUACCGACUAGGACAUCGAGUCGAAAAGAUUUUCUGGAUUUUGUGGUGGAUCGUCUUCGUUGUUGUGCUGGCAUGCGGCAUAGCAAGUAUCACCAUGGGUGUGCCUACAUUCAAGUGCCUGUUUGGUAAUAUCAUUUACACCCUGACAACAUGCCAAACCCACGGAUAUGAGAACACGUUUUUCACGUAUUUCAGAGUAUCAGUGGCUCUGGACAUUUUCACAGAUGCACUGAUCAUCGGCUUCCCUGUUUGGAUCCUUUGGGGAGUGCGUAUAAGCAUGCGCAAGAAGCUUGCCCUUGGUGCCAUCUUCUCUCUGGUUGGGUUCACGAUUGUUGCGACGGUGCUCCGGGGGGCUUUGUUGAGCGAGGUAUUCACUGAUACAACCAGAGGCAAGACUUUCAACAUACCGUGGGUGUGGUUCUGGUUUCACAUAGAGUUCUGUACUGCCUUCAUCGUCGCAUGUCUAGUCUCCUUCCGCUCGCUCUUCGUCCACCGCGAGCAGAAUUCCGGCGCAGCCCGGCGCGCGGCAGCAGUCCAGCGACGACCUAGUAACUACAACCCAUACCCGAGCAGCGGCCGGACGCCGCAGGACAGCGGCAACGCCAGCAGGGGAAACCUGGGGCGGCUCCGCGGGCGAAUGAAGCUCUUCCAGGAUAGCGUGCUGGACACAUGCCGCACGCUGGAGGGCGUCCUCGACGACGGCACGACGCUGGUGGAGAUGUCGCAGCGCUCCACCCAGCUGGGACCCGUGGUAGAGGACGAGCCUGUGCCGACGGGUGCGGACGUCCGCCGUCAUUCGCCUGAUGAGUACGAGGUCGAGAGGGAUUCGGGGGAGCGGGAGGGACAGGCCCGGGUCGUCAGCGGUUCCGGCCCAGCUGCCUUUGCCCAAGGCAAUGUGCCGCGGCGGUGUGGGACGGUGUCGACUGGGCGGCUGUCGAUUGAUUCACUAUAUCAGCAGGAGGAAGCUCGCACCGUGUCACCAGAGACGGUCGAGUCACAUCGGGAACGGCGGGGGAGUAUUGUGGUCUCUGAGCCGUCCCCGCUGAUGCUUAAUCCAGUAUACCCGAGGUAUCCGCCCUGGAGACGCGACUCGCUUGACGAAGAGGAAAGAGGCGAGCCGAAACACGGCCGUGAUGCAUAAUGAUAGUAUGAACUGCAUUGUCAAUAUCGCGGCAUAUUAGAUGGCUUGUUUAUUUUGAGUAGGAGUCAAGCGACUGUACAUACAUCAAGCACAGGCUUUCUGCACAUAGAAACACAUCGCUGACAAU